AUGAGUGACGGGAAUCUGAACUCUGACCUUUCUUCCUCCUCUCCUACUUCUUCUGCCUCACCCUCGCUGUUCCCUUCCCCCUUCACCUCCCCUUGCGCACAGGCGGUCAUACAGUACAUAACAUAUUUAAGCGAAGCGGAGCUACAAACCUUCAAAGACCUUUUAGUGCGUGAGAACCCCAGACCUGACUCUGUGCAGCUGACGUCUGAGCAGCUGAAGGCGGCCAGUUACGGUGAGGUGGUGCAUCUCCUGAUGGAGUACUUCCCCGGACGACUGGCUUGGGAUUUGACCCAUAAGCUCUUUGCCAAGAUGGACAAGUCAGCGCUGUGUCUUCGGUUACAAAUGGAGAUGAAAGGAAUUCCAUUUGACAGCCCACCAGAGGACUUGAGCCCAAGGAAAAUACAAAUGGAUAUGAAGAAAGAAGAAUCUGAUAAAAUACAGGAGUACAAGUUGGAUGUGAUGAGUAAGUAUUCCACCCGAUGGAACAGGGCUGCUUGGCCUGAAAGCCACAUGGAUUUCAUCUACCAAGAUGUACACAGAGACGAGAAGUGCAUACCUCUUUUAUUCCUUCCCCAGAAACCUCAGUGUAGACAGCCCAAGACUGUCGUCCUGCAGGGAUAUGCUGGGAUUGGAAAAACAACCCUAGCCAAAAAGGUGAUGUUGGCAUGGGCAGAAAAUAAGUUCUACUCCCACAAGUUCUGGUAUGCUUUCCACUUCCAUUGUCAAGAAGUGAUCCAGGGAGCUGAGCACAGCUUCUGUGAGCUAAUUGUGCAAAAGUGGCCUGGAUCUCAGGCUUUGCUCUCAAAAAUUAUGUCCAAACCAGACCACAUUCUUCUCCUCUUUGAUGGUUUUGAGGAGCUCACAUCUACCCUCGAAGAAAGACAAGCUGAACUGAGUGGAAACUGGAGCCAGAAAUUGCCUGGGUCCAUUCUUCUGGGCAGUUUGCUGAGCAAAAGAAUGCUUCCUGAAGCCGCCCUACUGAUCGUGAUGAGGUUCGCGUCUUUGGAGAAACUUAAACCCUUGCUGAAAUGUCCCUUUUCUGUAACCCUUAAGGGAUUCAGUACAGAUGAAAAAAUCGAGUAUUUCAAUAAGUAUUUCAGGAGCCACAGGGAGGUGGAUAAAGCCUUGCGAGUGGUAAUGGGAGACAGGAUGUUCUUCUCCAUGUGCCGGACCCCCGUGGUUUGCUGGAUUGUCUGCUCUGUUCUGAAACAGCUGAUGGAAAGAGGAGCAGAUCUCAGGGAGACGUGUCCAAAUUCCACAGCUGUGUUCAUCUGGUAUCUUUCUAGCUUGUUUCCAACCAGAGCUGGAGACCCUCACAAACAGACUUUCCAAGAACAACUGAAUGCUGUGUGUCAUUUGGCUGCAAAAGGGAUGUGGGACAUGAGAUGGGUGUUCGAUAAGAAAGACCUUGAGCAGUCCAAGUUGGAUGAGACUGGCGUUGCUACUUUAAUCAGCGUGAAUAUCCUUCAGAGGGCUGGAGACAAUGAAGACCGUUAUACCUUUGCUCACUUGAGUUUCCAGGAAUUUUUUGCUGCUUUGCUGUACGUUCUCUGCUACCCACAAAGAUUCCAGACUUUUCAGGCUUUGGACCAUGGAGAUAUCAAGCGACUGAUAGCAAACCCUGAAGGAAGCAAGAACUAUCUCUCUCAGAUGGGGCUUUUCUUAUUUGGCCUUUUAAAUGACAUGCGGGCUUUGGCGGUGGAGCAGGCAUUGGGGUGCAAGUUGACCACGGGCAAUAAGAAGAAACUGUUGAAUAGCAUAACCCAAGUACACGAAUGGGACCCACUUCCUCCGUGCUGUGCAGUCCCACAGUUAUUCUACUAUCUGCAUGAGAUCCAGGAGGAGGCAUUUGUGCGUCAGGCCCUAAAAGAUUACUAUAAAGCUACUUUGAAGAUUAAAAAGAAGAUAGACAUGCAAGUCUCUGCUUUUUGCCUUAGGCACUGCCAACAUUUGCAGGAGAUGAAACUGAGUAUCAGAGGAGAGAGGUUCAACACGGAGUCCUUUUCUUCCCCCCGACUAGAAGACAAUGUUAGGUUAUUCCUAUGGUGGCAAGACUUCUGCUCUGUCUUCUGGACAAAUGAGGGUUUGGAAGACUUGGCCAUGACGAACAGUGUUUUAGAGCCUGCUUUUGUGAAGGUUCUUUCUACCGCACUGACACGCCCUCAAUGUAAACUACAAAAACUACGCUUUAGGAGUGUGAAUCCACCCAUGUUGAGUGAAGACUUAAUCCGAGUGUUGACUGAUAACCAGUUUCUGAGAUACUUGGAAAUAAGUCACACAAAAGUGGAGAGUGAGACCAUGAGACUUCUGUGUUCCGCGCUGAAGCACCCGCAGUGUCAUCUGCAGUGUCUGAGGCUGGAGGACUUCCCGGUCACGCCUGAGCACUGCUGCAAAAUUGCCUGGGCUCUCAAGGAUAACGUGCACCUGAAAACCCUUUUGCUGAGACGUAGCUCCCCACAGGACCUUGGUGCUUAUUACCUAUUCAUGGCCUUGCAGCAGCCGGAAUGUCGACUGGAGAGGCUGUCGUUGGAGAAUUGUGGCCUCACGGAGUCGUCUUGUAAGAGUCUUGCCCCUUCACUCAGGAGUAGUAAGAUGCUCACCCAUCUGAGCUUGGCAGAAAAUUCAUUGAAGGAUGAAGGGGUAAAGAUGCUUUGGGAGGCCUUGAAACACUCAGAGUGUCCCCUACAGAGGCUGGUGCUGAGGAAGUGUGCCCUGACCUCCGCUUGCUGUCAGGAUGUGGCCUCUGCUCUUAAUAAAAAUAAAAACCUGAGAAGUCUAGACCUUGGGUUUAACAGCCUGAAGGAUGAUGGGGUUAUCCUGCUGUGUGAGGCUCUGAUGAGCCCUCGCUGUGCUUUACAGACCCUGGAACUGGAAACAUGCCAGCUCACGUCCACCUGCUGCCAGGCUGUGGCCGCCAUGCUCCUCCACAACCAAAGUCUGAGGUAUCUGGACUUGACCAAGAAUGGCAUUGGAUCCAGUGGCAUACAGCUCUUGUGUGGGGCCUUUCGGGACCGAAAACAGAGAGCGAAGAUCUCUUUAACAAGUGAUCCAAAAGAAAGGGAGACGGAGGGAGGGAAGAGGGAGAUGGGGAGAGGGAGAGAGCGAGCCCAAAGCAGAGCCACAGACUUUCACUACUUAAUCUUGAAAGUGACAUCCCGUCACUUCUGCCUUGUUCUGUUGGUCACACAUACGAGCCCCGACUCCGUGAGAGAAGGGACUACCCCAGGAUCCGACAGCAGGAGGCUAGGAUCCCCGGAGGCACCUCCUACACCUAUGAAGUUUGGGAACCAUAGACGCAGGAGAUGUUACAGAACGGGGCUUCCCAGCAGGACGGGGACAAUACCAGAGGCAGGUGGACAGAAUGACAAUCAGAGGUGCUUACGGGAACCAGGGAUCCUUGAUGAUGACGAAGAUUGCGGUGUUGCUAGGGUGAAGUAG